UCAGAAAAACAUAGAAAAUGUAUUGUUUUUGUUCUCUGAGCAGAACCAGAGAGUAAAAAACAGGGGAACAUCAUUGGCAGAGAUUCCUUUGUUCCCUCUGCUUCUACUUCUUCUUCUUGGCUCUAUUGGCUUCUCAGUAUCUUAUAAUUUUCUGUCUUGUUUUCUUGGGUUUCGUGAGAUUCUUCACAUUUUCAGAAUCUUCUUCUGGGGCAUUCUAGCUUAGACAAAUACCUUGAGAGAUAAUUCACGAAAAAGUGUUUCGUCUCUUUUCUCCUCCUCCUCUGCGGUGGGAAUUGGGAAUCAAGUUGUGCAAAAUAGGGUCUAAUAGAUCCAUUAUGUCUUUGUUAGCAACUUGGAUUCUGAACUCAAAUCGAAGAUCAAUGCGUCAUGUGGAAAUUUAAGCUGUAAUUAGCUGGAGAGCAAUGGCGUUCACAUUGAGCUUUGUCUGGGCCAUUUUUAUUGGAAUCUAAACUGAUAAAAAAGCUAACUUUUUUGGAAUUAUAUGAAGAUAAGGAAAGUGCGUCAUUCUCGUUAUGGUUUAGUUGCUGUUGAUGGAGAUAUAACGAAAGCUUAAAGUAGGGAAGAAAGUGACUUCACACACAGUCAAGUGUUGGAAUCAAAAUGAUAAAAAAAGAGUUCAAGAUCUCUCCUUUCUCAUUAUAUCAGUAGUAAGUUCCGGCGCCGGAAAUUGGCCGGAGAAUCUUACUGGUUUCAAGUGCUCUCCUAAACCUCUUCACUAUUCAUAUGGCUGCGAAGCUUCUGCACUCAUUGGCAGAUGAUAACUCGGAUCUGCAGAAGAAAAUCGGAUGUAUGAAUGGGAUUUUCCAAAUCUUUGAUCGUCACCAUGUUCUCACAAGCCGGCGUAAAAGUCUUACUUUAGGUAAUGCUCAUGUCAACAGUAUCAACUUUGAAAAAGACUCUGGAUUUCAGUUUCAGGACUCAAACAUCGGAAAUGCGACGAGUGAGAAACUAGCAAGGAUAUCAACAGAAUCAUCGAGGGUUUCUUUCUCAUCGUCUUGUUCAUCAUCUUCCCCUUUGUCUUCUGAGGUAAACAGAGAAAGUCAACCUGAAAUUUCAGCGUAUGACCGCGUCAUAUUUCCAGAAUCUCCUACGAGUGAUCCAGUGAUGAGCCAAGGAAGUGGGUUUGCUCCACAUAUGGGACUUGAUCUUAGAGAUGUUGUUCGAGACUCCAUGUAUAGAGAAGCUAGAGGGGUUUCUGAAGUUUUUAGACAAAAGAGAAGAGAGGAUUCUCCAAGACCAUAUGGUUUGAAGCAGUCCACUCCUGUCGAUUUCAAUGAAUCCUGCAAAGCUCUAGCCAAACUUAGAAAAACAUCUCAGCAUUAUUACACCGAGGCUGACAUGAAAGAUGCAUCCCGCUACUAUGUUGAUUCUCACAAGAAGUUGAAAUCCAAGAAGAAGCUGAAAGAAUCGCCUAGGCUUUCGUUGGAUAGCAGAGACCACGUUGAUCUCAAAUCAGGUAAUAAGCUUUCUGAAAGUUUCAGUAGAAGCUCUAGCAUGAACAAAGUUUCAGGUAGCCCAAAACGGCCUCCUAGUGUUGUUGCAAAGCUAAUGGGUUUGGAAACAUUACCGGGUUCUCCAUUGGGAAGAGACAGGAUCAACAUGUUUGAUGAUAACAGUGAUCCUUUCUCAAGGUCAUUGAGGGAAAAUAGCCUGAACCGGACUAUCCGGUUUCUUCCUAGCUCACCGAGAAGCUUAGGGAAGGAUCCGGUUUCUUCUUCUUCUCCAAGAUGGAACUCUGAGUUUGUUAUGAAACCAUUAUCAAGUUUGAGAUUCCCCAUUGAACCAGCUCCAUGGAAACAAACUGAUAGAAACCGGUUUUCGCAAAAUCAACCUGUUAGAACUGUGAAAGCUCUGUCGCAGUCAAUGGAGGGAAGACUGAAAGAUCUCGAGAUUAAGCAUGCGGGAAAGGAUCUCAGAGCUCUUAAAGAGAUAUUAGACGCAAUGCAAUCAAAAAGUGUCUUUGAUGUUCGAAAGCAGCCACAAUGCUCAAACUUGGAACCUCAAAGAGAUUAUAAAAUGGGAGAUUCUGCAACUUCUAACCAGGAUUCAAGAGGCCUACCAAACCAAGUGAUGCCACCCACUAUGAGAGGCCCGAUUGUGAUAAUGAAACCUGCCAGGCUUGUUGAAAAAUCUGGUAUUCCUUCAUCAUCUCUGAUUCCCCAUUCACAGUCUAUUCUAAUCUUAACACCGACCCGUAGAUAAAAAUCUGUAAAUGUCAAAAGAAACUCAACUAGUAGAAAGGCAGUAAAAGAUUCUGGAAACCAAAGAGCUGAAUCAGGUAUCAGUUCUGGUGAUAGCAAAUCUAGCAGCAGAGACGUGCGGUCUUCUCAGGUUUGCAAAGAAAGCAGCACUUCAAAGAAUUCAGGAUCUGCAAGUCCAAGAUUACAUAAUAUGAAGAUGCAUGAGAAUGACAAGUUUUCUAGGCCACCAACCAUUCCAUCUGAUUCAAGCAAAUCAAGAAGACAAACAAACCGACAACCGGAAGAAUCUACUACUUCUCCUGGUGGUAGGCGUAGACCGAGAGCUCAGAGGAGCUUGCAGCAACAUGAUGACCAACUUCGUCAAAUGAGCAAUAAAUCUAGGACUGAAACAGAAGCCACCAUAACUAUCAAACAAGCUACUGAGUCCGGUCGUGGAAAGAGUCCAUCUGUAAUAGAGGCAGCCAAAACCGUAGUCUCUAACUUGAUGCAGAAUAAAUCCAUUCCAAAAUCUAGUGAAGAUGGAUCAUCGGAACAUCCAAGUCCAGUUUCUGUUCUUAACGCAUCAAUCUACAGAGAGAUCAAACCAUUUCCUGUGAAAAUGCAAGCUAGUGAAGGCAGUGGUGAUGAACAAUGUGAAGAAGACAGGUGGAAUCCAGCUUACAGCUUCUCGGAGACAACAACUAGCUUUUCGCCAGAGAUAAACAGAAAGAAGCUUCAGAAUGUUGAGCAUUUGGUUCAAAAGCUAAAAAGACUAAACUCUAGCCAUGACGAAGCCAGCCAAGAUUACAUUGCAUCACUAUGCGAGAACAAUGAUCCUAACACCGAUCACAGAUACAUUUCCGAGAUUCUUUUAGCCUCAGGUCUUCUCCUAAGAGACCUAGGCUCAGUAUCAACGACCUUUCAACUGCACCCUUCAGGCCACCCUAUCAAUCCUGAGCUAUUCCUCGUUCUUGAGCAAACCAAAGGAAGCAGCAGCAGCAAUGAGAAGCUCAACCGAAAACUUGUGUUCGAUGCUGUUAAUGAAAUGCUCGUGAAGAAGUUAGCUUUUGCUGAGGGCACUGCAGAUCCAUGGAUGAAGCGAGCUAAAGCGACGAAGAGGGUCUUGAGUGCGCAACAGCUCUUGAAAGAACUAUGUUCAGAGAUAGAAACGGUGCAAAGGCAAUCUAAGAAGAGAUCAGAUAACUUCUUGUUGUUGGAGGAACAAGAAGAAGACGACUUGAAAUUUAUAUUGGAUGAAGAUAUGGCGAUUCAAUCUGGGAAAUGGACAGACUUUGAUGAUGUAAUCCCGCGUUUAGUGCUCGACUUGGAGCGACUUCUCUUCAAGGAUUUGGUGAGUGAGAUCGUGCAUGGUGAGAUUGGUCGGCUGCAAUCAAAUACAGAGAAAUGAAGAACGGUUUUGCGCCGACGAGUAGUUCGUUUUUAUUCUCUGUAUUCUUAAGCCCUAUGUAAUUGUAUGUAUAUAAUACAAGUCAAAAGUCAAUGUUUGGUGA